UGGUGUUCAGUUUAGCGCAGUCCUCCUUUCAAAUCCAGCGUGGACUUUUUUUUUUGCAUUCCUCUACUUCUGCUUAGAAUCACGCUCUCUCUCUCAGUGCCCACCUCUCAGAGUCCUCCCUCUCACCCUCUUUCUUCUUCUGCAUCUCCCUCUCUCUCUUCACAGAGCGAGCCUCUUGGAACCUGUUUUUAACUCUACCUGGGGGGGUUUGCUGAUACAGAGGGACCACAGACAGGUGAACAGAAGUAGCAACAGCAUGCAGAUGGACCACUUCUUGGUGGUGAUGUGUGCACUGGGACUUGGCCCUGCAGCAUGGGGGGCACCCAGCCAGUGCCCGAGCCAGUGCCACUGCCACGGAGACCUGCAGCACGUCAUCUGUCAGAAUGUGGGGCUGACCAAGACCCCGCGUGUGUCAGCGGCCACGCAGCUCCUCAACCUACAGCACAACAGUCUGGGUGUCCUGCCGACUGGCACCUUCUCUGAUGCCAAAGGCCUGGUCUCCUUGCACAUGCAACACUGCCAGCUGCGCGAGAUUGCUGGCCAGGCUUUCAAGGGCCUCAAGAAGCUCAUCUACCUCUACCUGUCCAACAAUGAGAUCAGCAUCAUCAAACCAGGGGCCUUCGAGGACCUGACAGAACUCACCUACCUCUACCUAGAUGGCAACCACAUCAGUGACCUAUCCAAGGGUAUCUUUUCACCCAUGAUCAACCUCUUUACCCUUCAGCUCAAUGAUAAUCGGGUCCAGGAGUUGCGUGCAGGCACAUUCACUGGUGCCAAGGACCUACGCUGGCUGCACCUGAGUGGCAACGACAUGACCUCACUGCAGCCUGGCUCACUGGAUGAUGUGGAGAACCUAGCCAUCCUGCAUCUGGACCACAAUAAGCUGGCCACCUAUCCAAGUGCAGCCAUGAGCAAACUGCGUGUGGUGGAAGAACUUAAGUUCUCAAAGAACCCGAUGAAGACUAUCCCAGACAAUGCUUUCCAGAGCUUUGGUCGCUACAUGGAGAAGUUAUACUUGGAUAACAUGGGCUUGGAGAAGUUUUCAGAAGGUGCCUUCACAGGGGUGACGGCCCUCAAGUCCCUACACCUGGAGAACAACAAGCUAAGGACCCUCCCACGGAGCCUGGAGUUCAGCACCAUCCAGAACCUCACACUAGCCAAUAACCUCUGGAGCUGCACUUGCCAGCUGGCUCCACUACGCAAGUGGAUGGACACCGGCCGGCAGCGCCCAGAUGCCAUAUGCGUUUCGCCAUCCCAUCAGAGGGGCAAACAGGUGCGAGACAGCCCCGCCUUCAGCAGCUGCAGGGUGAAGACGAGAAGGCCAAGAAGGGGGUGCGCCACUGAGCAAGGGACGCGGGGAAGGACGUAUCCGAGUGACCGGCGGCGAGCACAGAGGAAGGAUGCUACCGCUAACCGCUACACCCAGCUGUAUGGCCCCUUCACUCUCAUCUCGACACAACAUACAAGUCCAGGCUGGGAGAAGGACACAGAGCAGAACGUCAUCACACUCACAUAGCACAGCACAUCAUCACACUCACACCUGCCUUUCUGUCGAUGGGGGGUCCUAACCCCACCACAAAAAUAUGUUUCUUGAAAGGGCAAAUUUAUAACAAAGAAUUUUGUUUUGCGGGAAAUCCAGAAAAUCGUGGGGGAUCUCGCUCUGUAAAAUUCGCCGACUGGGGGAAGAGCACCCCCUUCCCGUAAUGGGUAGGGAUUGUCCCUCCGUUACUGUCAUGCAUACACACUUACUCGAAAAACUCAUGAAUAUAUCUUUAAAUGCACGCGUUUUACGCAUACAUGCUUAUGCGCGCUGAAAAGCACAGGUAUCUCACAUUUUACAGCUAAACACAACCCUCUGCACCUUCUCUCUUUAAAAUUGCGGCAUUUUUUUCAUGAACUUCCGAAAUUUCCCAGCUGGUAACUACCUUUACCUCUCAGGACGUCCGACGUCGCCGCCCUGCCCUGAGGUUAACGGUUAUAUUACACCCUAACUGGACUGUUAAAAUUAAAGUAAUGCCCCACAAAGCUGAAGCGUAACCCGACAUAACCAAGAGUCUCGGCGAACUUGUAAUUAAAAAAGACUGGUGAACCCUACGCAGGAAUUCCCCGGGCAUGCGGAUGCGCGCGGACAGCGGAAGCGUUGGCGCGCCGACACCCGCAGGGAGACGUGGAAAAUAAUCAGGCACCUAAAGCGCUAAUUGGAUAAAUACCACCCGUAAUGUAAUAGAAGUAUCUGUAACAUUCAAAGCAAGAGUGUGUCGCUUUCAUACACAAAACUUUUUCAAAAAACAAACCCGAGAAGGUUCAGUGUUUUCCAUUUGUCCUGCUUUGGCAAUGCUUGUAUUAUUUCAUCCAUGAAAAAAGAUCAGAGGUUUCAUAUCGUAAUGGCUUUGACAUUUUAACUAAUAUAAAUAAAUAUAAAGUAAUAAAGAAAAGAGAGCGCGAUUUAACUUCCAAAUCACUGCAUGGGACAUUAGCAUGCAAACAUUUCCAGACUCUGGGAGCAAGGUUGACUAUUUGAAGUAUCGAUUUGUAUGCAUCUUUUUUUUACGUAUAUUGAGCACUAUCGUCUUGAGAAUGGGUCUUUCUUUUCCAAUAAAUGCCUAAUCAGUAAAUAACGGCCAUCUUUUUAUUUUUCUGUACAUAGUAUUUUGACAUACUUUGCAGGUGCUGUCAGACACAAGGUCUUUUUUCAGGGUGAAGUGAUUCAGAUCAGCAGAAAGUGUGUAUG